AUGGCGGGCAGAGCUGUAAGGGCACCGGGCGGGAGCGACUCCCGCUUCUUCACGACCACCAAGAAAGGCGAGACGCACGAACUCCGUCAGGAGCUCAACUCCCCCAACCGCGACAAGAAGAAGGAUGCUGUCAAGAAGGUGAUUGCCAACAUGACCGUUGGCAAGGACGUGGCGAUGCUCUUCACGGACGUCAUUAACUGCAUCCAGACCGAAAACAUCGAGCUGAAGAAGCUGGUGUACCUGUACCUGAUCAACUACGCCAAGACGCAGCCGGAGCUAACGCUCUUGGCGGUGAACACGUUCGUCAAGGACGCCAACGACCCGAACCCCCUCAUCCGCGCCCUGGCCGUGCGGACCAUGGGCUGCAUCCGGGUGGAGAAGAUCACAGAGUACCUGUGCGAGCCCCUGAGGAAAGCUCUGCGAGACGACGACCCCUACGUGCGUAAGACGGCCGCGGUGUGCGUGGCGAAGCUGUACGACAUCAACGCCGACCUGGUGGAGGACCAGGGUUUCCUGCAGAUCCUGAGGGAUCUCAUCUGUGACCCCAACCCGACGGUGGUGGCCAACGCGGUGGCAGCUCUGUCGGAGAUCGGGGACACGUCGGGGCGAGACGUGAUGGAGAUCGACACUUCGGUGCUGCAGAAGCUCUUGGCUGCGCUCAACGAAUGCACGGAGUGGGGCCAGGUGUUCAUCUUGGACUCCCUGGCGAAGUACACACCCGCGGACGGGCGGGAGGCGGAGGGCAUCAUCGAGAGGGUCACGCCGCGCCUGCAGCACGCGAACUCGGCUGUGGUCAUGUCGGCCGUUAAGGUUGUACUGACGUACUUGGAUAGCGUCACCAGCGUCGACACGAGCCGGUCGUUCAGCCGCAAGCUGGCGCCGCCUCUCGUAACGCUGCUCAACUCGGAGCCCGAGACGCAGUACGUGGCCCUCCGCAACAUUAACCUUAUCGUACAAAAGCGGCCCGGCAUCCUCGAGUCCGAGAUAAAGGUGUUCUUCUGCAAGUACAACGACCCUAUCUACGUGAAGAUGGAGAAGCUCGAGACCAUCAUCCGUCUCGUGAAUGACCGCAACAUCGACCAGGUGCUGCUGGAGCUUAAGGAGUACGCCCAGGAGGUGGACGUGGAGUUCGUGCGAAAGGCCGUGAGGGCGAUCGGACGGUGCGCCAUCAAGCUCGAGCGCGCGGCGGAGCGGUGCAUCAACGUGCUGCUCGAGCUGAUCCAGACCAAGGUCAACUACGUCCUGCAGGAGGCCGUCAUCGUAAUCAAGGACAUCUUCCGUAAGUACCCCAACAGGUACGAGAGCAUCAUCUCUGCCCUCUGCGAGAACCUGGAUACCCUGGACGAGCCCGAGGCAAAGGCUAGCAUCAUCUGGAUCAUCGGGGAGUACGCGGAGCGCAUCGACAACGCCGACGAGCAGCUGGAGCACUUCCUGGAGACGUUCGAGGAGGAGUCGGCCGAGGUGCAGCUGCAGCUCCUCACGGCCACCGUCAAGCUCUUCCUCAAACAGCCAGAGGAUACACAGGACAUGGUCCAGAGAGUCCUUCAGCUGGCGACGGAGGAGAGCGAUGACCCUGACCUGAGAGACCGCGGCUUCGUCUACUGGCGGCUGCUGUCGACCAACCCCGAGGCCGCCAAGGCCGUCGUGCUCUCGGAGAAGCCCAACAUCGCCGACGACACCUUCACGCUCGAGCCCGCCGUCCUCGACAUGCUUAUCGGCCAGAUUUCCACGCUGUCGUCGAUCUACUACAAGCCCCCGGAGGCAUUCGUUAUGAAGCAGGCCCCCAUCAGCAGGGCGGAGGACGAAGACCUCGACGACGACGAUGAAGACGCCGAGGAGUACGCCAACGAGGACGGCGAGGACUACGAGUACGACAGCAACAACGCCGACGGGCUAACGGGUCCCUCGGACACCUCCAACGGCAGCGGGGCCGUGGACCUCUUGUCCAUGGAUGACCUCUCCGUUAACGAUGCGCCCGCACCGGCGGCGGCGGCGGCGGCGGCGGCGGCAGUACCAGCGGCACCUGGGGGAGGAGGGAUUGUUGACUUGUUCGGAGGCGGCGCUGGGGCGGCUGCGCCCCCGGCUGCCCCCGUGCAGAAGACAGUCGUGUGUCCCGCUGCCCAAGGCGGGGGGCUGGAGAUUUUGGGGGCGUUCGUGCUCCGCGGCGGAGCGCUCUUCCUGGACGUGGACGUGAACAACCGCGACGCUGCUCCGACGCAGCAGCUGGCGGUCCAGCUGAACAAGAACACCUUCGGAAUCGUGCCCGCGCAGCAGCAGAUCGCUUUCGACCAGCCACUCGCGCCAGGUGCCUCGGCGUCGUACUCUCUUCCCAUGAGCCUCACGCCGGCGAUGCUGGCGCCGCCGGGGAGUCCCGUGGGGGCCCCCGUGCAGACGGCACUGAAGAACAUGCAGACGGGCGCGGUGUUGUACUUCAACAUUCCGGUGGACGGCCUGAGCACGAUGCUACCGCCGGCGGGGCCGAUGGGCAGGGACCAGUUCUUGGCGGCAUGGAAGAGCGUCGACGACUCGCUGGAGGUUUCCAAAGAGGCGCAAGGCUUGCCCUUCUCCGGGGACGUUUCGGCGGUGACCCGAAAGCUGCAGGAGCGCAACAUCUACUUCGUCGCCGGCAGAGAGGCCCCUGGCCAACAGAUCGUGUACUAUUCUUUUAAGCUGGUCCAGCUGCACAUGCUGGCAGAGGUGACCUUCCCGGUGGGGGGGAGCGCCGCGGCACCCCGGCUUUGCAUCAGGAGUGAGGCGCCGCCGUACGCGCCGCUGGCACUUCAGCUGCUCGAGGCUGCCCUCCGUCAGUAGUAGUAGCGUUCUGCGGUUGCUGUCGAAGCGGGGUUGGUUGUUUUGUCACGCGCUUUGAUGCGGCGUGCUGUGAAGACGCUUCUUUUUCUGUUUUCUUUCUUUGUUUCGCUCUUGUUCGUUUUUUUGCCUCAGAGGGUGGGUGUCAGCGCCAGCGGAGAGUGCUUGCUCUCGUCCUCUCCGCCUAUGUUUGUAAUGAUUAUGGAGGUGAAGCCUAGGAUCUCGAGCGAGGCGUCGUGCGGCAGAGGCACGUCACUCUCGCUUUUGCAUUGGAGACGUUCCACUACGGACAGCGACAAGUUUUGCUCUGGCUAUUUUUCGGGGACUUGUGCAACUCCAGCGGGGCUUUCGGGCGCGAAAUAUGCAGGGCAACACGGCAACACAGCACGGCGCCGAAUUACGGAAAUUCUC